UUUUAUUAGAUCAAGUGUGACAUUCUGUGAUUGGCCACUGCACGGGGCUCCUUGGAACAGAACACUAUUUAAAUAGCACUUACUCCACAUUGAGGAAGAUGCAAGCGUGCAGCAAGGAGAGAUACGGAGGGAGAAGGCAUACAGGGGGAGAUCGCUGGAUGCAUAUUGCACGACAUAUGGACGAAGCAAUGUAAAUCCUGAACGAUGGAGUGUUCCUGGAAGGUGGUGGUACUGUUAGUGUUUGCUUCCCUGGGAAUUCAGUACACGGCCAUAAAGUCCUUAAGAACGGCAUUCAAGUCUCCCUGUCAGGUAAUGGGAGCAGAGAGCCGCUGCCUACAAAGGGAUGUCAGAGAUAAUGCCUCAAGGUUGUUGUGUGAAGAUCUUGGCCAACAAGAGAGCAGGAAGCACAUUAUCCUUCUGGCUACUACAAGAAGUGGAUCUUCAUUUCUGGGACAGAUAUUUAACCAGAACCCGGAUAUCUUCUACUUGUAUGAACCUCUUUACCAUGUCCAGAGGGCAUUCACCAAUUCAAGUGCCCGGAUGCAGAAACAGAUAGAUAGAAGGUCCCUCCUUGGAGCCUACAGAGACCUCCUGCAUAAUCUCUACAACUGUGACUUUUACUUCCUAGAAAAUUAUCUAAGGCCAGCACCCAAAGAUCACGAGACGACUUCUUUCUUCAGACGGGGCGCUAGCAAUGCUUUAUGUCUACCUCCAGUAUGUGAGCAGCUACAUCCAAUAGAAGAACACCUGUGUGCAAAAAAAUGCCGGACCGUCAACUUGACUUUGGUCUCCAAAUCUUGCCACCAAUAUAAACACAUGGCCAUAAAAACUGUAAGGAUCCCUGAGAUAAAUGACAUAAGAACUCUUGUGGAAGACCCCAGAUUGAAUCUGAAGGUAAUCCAUUUGGUAAGGGAUCCAAGAGGAAUUCUAGCUUCAAGGAUUAAUACCUUUACAGAUCUUUACCGGGCGUGGAAAAUUUGGAACUCAUCAGGAAGGAAGCCACACCACGUAGACCUAUCACAGAUUACCACCACUUGCACUGACCUCAUUAAUUCAGUGGAGACUGGAUUUAGCAGGCCUUCUUGGCUGAAAGGCAAAUACAUGCUUGUAAGGUAUGAAGACCUAGCAAGAGAUCCAAUAAGAAAGGCUAAAGAGAUGUAUGAAUUUGUAGGCCUAGGCUGGAAAAACAAUGUCCAGAAGUGGAUAGAGCAGAACACAAAUGGGAAUGGAGUUCCCCUUGGAAACUUUAAGUUUACAACAAGCAGAAAUGCAGCAGAAACAGCAGAGAAUUGGAGACUGCACUUAUGCUUGGACAUUGUCCUGGCGCUCCAGAACAUGUGCAAUGUAACCUUAUCACUUCUUGGGUACCAGUCAGUGGACUCAACACCUCAACUGAAGAACCUCUCUCAUACUCUUGUUGAGCCAAGAAUAUUUUUGCCAUUUACGUAGAACAGCAAUGGGGGAUGUUGGACUUUUGUGACUUUAGCAACCGAUUCAUCAAAAGAAAAUGUUUAAAUGGUGUUAAAUAUGGAGACCAAAGCCUUUUAUGUUGCAAGUUUGGGAGGAAUUGGGAAAAAAACCCCAAAAUAUUAUGAUUUUUUUUAUUGAAAUGUAGUGUUAUUUUUCAUGAUGGUGCUCUAAAGAUACUUCAACCCUUAAAUAUGUUUCAGUAUGCUGUUUCUGUAUACUGGGAGUUGCAGUUACCAGUAACAGGCAGGAGCAACACUGGAACACUGGAAGGAUUGACUGGGCUGUGCAUUGCCUACAGUAUUUGUCUGCUGUAGUGCACUACUGCUCUGUGUCUGCACUCACUGACAUAACAAAGUAGAACUAAAGCUAAACAAUGAAUUAGUCAAGAAAUACUACACUCUAUGUUUAAGGACUUCAUUGGUUCACAAUGUUACAUUACAUCUAUGCAAAAUAUAUUGUUUGGCCACAGCCAUUGGUUGGCAGCUCCUGCUCAUCAACAAAUGAUGAGUCAGACACUCUGUUUAGUAACUGCAUGUCAUAGGGAAGACCGUUAUUCAACUCUUGCCAUUUCUAAAUCCAUAUUCCAUUAUUGGCCUUCAAUUCACACGGCAUUUAUUUGAAACGGUUGCAAAACAAUCUCUUUAAAAUGCCAGAAGUGAGUGAGAAUAGUCAUUUUCCUGUUUAUGAGGAUUUAUCUGAUGGUUUUUUUCUGUCCAAACAUUACCUCCUAGAUUUGCAUAAUACUUUGUGCUCGCUGCUGUAUCUUUGUAGAGGUUAUUAGAAAACCAGUGGUGCACUCUAUUUACAGCUCUGGGCAGCUUCUUAAUCCCACCUUCCUCACAUCAUGCCUCCUCCCAUCUUAAAAGGCUAUGCCAUAUGUGGUUUAAUAAAAUGGGAUAAUAACACAAUAGGAGGCUUGUGGCCAGACAUUACCUGCAUAGACAAGGCUCAACACUUCACACUUACCCAACCCACUGGCAUGUAAGUAUAAGUAUGGUCAGACACUCUACAGUCUGCCCAAAUUGUUUCUCCUACUCCCAUGUAACUGGAGGAGUCCCAAGCCGGACUUGGAUUUCUUACU